GCGGGGAAGAGCAGGCAAUUGAAUGGACAUCCUGGGAAAGGAGGAAGUCACGAGCCGGGACCGGGGUGGAGGCGGGCAGUGAGGGGCAGUGUGCGCAGGGUGACAAGGUCAGUGGUUUCCAGCUCCUCGUGGAAUGACCAGUGCUGGGCUCUUCACUCCCUUCCCGCUCCCUGCCCCUUCCCCAGCCCUGGUUUGUCUCCGUGCUGCAAGCCACAGCCAGAGGUCCCCGUCCUCCAGACUCUGCUAUCUGUCGGUCACCUCUGGGGCUCCGUGUAAUCAGUUUUCAUUUCCAUUUUAUGAGUGAUAAUGUUCACAUUCAAAAAUGCAAGUAAAGACAAGAAGCAAACUGAAUCAGCAGUCAGAGAAAAGCAGUGUCAACAUUUUAGUAAACGCUCUGGUACACUGCUGAUCCUCAGUGUGUACGUACAGGUGAACAAAUGAGCUUGCACUGCCCUUGUGUUUUUGUGAUCUGCUUUUAAAUAUGUUGAGAAAUGCAACAAGACUCAUUUGGGGCAACUUGGAGGCCCGCAGACACAGGUCCUGUGCAAAGCCCACACGAGCCUAUCCACGUCGCAGGGACCGGGCUGGAGCUCCCAGGCUCGUUGCACAUCAUUCUCCCCAGAUCCCCGCCCUUUGUCCGGGGCAGAACAGGAUGGCCGCGGCCCGGGAAUCCUUGACCUUCAGGGAUGUGUUUGUGGACUUCACCCUGGAGGAGUGGCAGCAACUGGACUCCGCUCAGAAGAACCUCUACAGGGAUGUCACGCUGGAGAACUACAGCCACCUGGUGUCCGUGGGAUACCUCGUUGCCAGCCCGGAUGAGGUCUUGAGAUCGGGACGAGGAGAAGAGGCCAGGAGGGCAGAGGGAGGGCCGUCGGCGUGGAACUAUCCAGAAUUCUGGCAAGUUGAUGACCAGAUAGACAACCACAAGGAAAGCCAAAACCAACUUCUGUGGCAAACUGCAUUAGUAGACAAGGAAACACAGAAGGAUCAAAGCGGCCAAGAAUUCACAAGCUUCAGAAAAAUCAUUUAUCCAAACACAGACUUUGUUUCUAUAAGACAAAGACUCCCUAAAUACUAUUCCUGGGGAAGGUGUUCAAAACAUAAUUUAAACUUUCUUUGUCAAAAUAGAAGCUAUGUAAGAAAGAAAGAUGAUGAAUGUCAGGCACAUUGGAAAUUAUGCUUCCAUUCUAAUCUCAAUAAUGCUCAACCUGCAGAGAAAUUUUUUGAGCCCAAUCAACGUGGAAGAGCCCUCCACCAGAAGCAAGCACUUAAUAAAACUCAAAGAAUUCAAACUAGGGAGAAACUCUAUGAGUGUUAUGAAUGUGGGAAAGUGUUUAUCCAGAAAGCAAACCUUGUAGUACAUCAGAGAACUCACACAGGAGAGAAGCCUUAUGAAUGCUUUGAAUGUGCAAAAGCCUUCAGCCAGAAGUCAACCCUCAUUGCUCACCAGAGAACUCACACAGGGGAGAAGCCCUAUGAAUGCAGCGAAUGUGGAAAAACCUUUAUCCAGAAGUCAACUCUGAUUAAACACAAGCGAACUCACACAGCAGAGAAACCAUUUGUAUGUGGUGAAUGUGCAAAAGCCUUUAAGAGUUCAUAUCACCUUAUUAGACAUGAGAAAACACACAUUAGGCAAGCAUUUUAUGAAGGAAUCCACUUUGGUAAGUCCAGCCUUAUGCAUCAAAGGACUCAUAAUGGUGAGAAACCUGAGUGUAAUAAACAUGGGAAACCCUUUGAUGAGAAAGACAACCCCAUUAAACACCAGAGAUCUCACACAAAAGAGAAACUUUAUGAGUGCAGUAAAUGUGGGAAAAGCUUCAGGGGAAAGUCACACCUCUCUGUUCAUCAGAGAAUUCAUACAGGGGAGAAGCCUUAUGAAUGCAGCAUAUGUGGGAAGACUUUCAGUGGGAAAUCACACCUCUCUGUCCAUCAUAGAACUCAUACAGGAGAGAAGCCUUAUGAAUGCAGAAGAUGUGGAAAAGCGUUUGGUGAAAAGUCAACCCUUAUUGUACAUCACAGAACUCACACAGGAGAGAAACCCUAUAAAUGCAAUGAGUGUGGGAAAGCCUUCAGCGAGAAGUCACCACUGAUAAAACAUCAGAGAAUUCAUACAGGGGAAAGGCCCUAUGAAUGCAGUAACUGUGGGAAAGCAUUCAGUAGGAAGUCAACUCUCAUUAAACAUCAGAGAAUCCACACAGGGGAAAAACCCUACAAAUGCAGUGAAUGUGGGAAAGCCUUUAGUGUGAAAUCCACUCUCAUUGUACAUCACAGAACUCAUACGGGAGAAAAACCCUAUGAAUGCAGGGACUGUGGAAAAGCCUUCAGUGGGAAGUCGACUCUCAUUAAACAUCAGAGAAGUCAUACAGGAGAUAAAACCUAUUAAGAUACUUGAGAGUGAGAGAAUGUCACUAUUCGUUAUACCUCAUUAUGUAUCACUUCAUCCUGGGGAGUAACCUUAUAAAUGUCAAGAAUGUCAGAAAGUCUUCAGGUAUUAUUUAAUGUUCCUUUAAUAUAAUAAAUGGUACAAAAGCAUAAUUCCAGAAGCAUGUAAUAAAUGUGAUCAGUUUUUUACCCAGAAUUCUUACCCACGAGUGGAAAAUUGUACAUCAGAGAAUUUGGGGAAAUGUUUGUGGUAAUCUGUUAAGUGAAAAAACGGAUUAUAAAACAAUAUACCAUAUGGUUUACAUUGUAAAAAAAAAUAGGAAGGAUAGGCACCAUUGUAUCAGUGAUUCUGGGUGGUAGAAAAAUGGCAACUUUAUGAUGAGUAAAAUUGUAUGCACAUAUAUAUUUGUGUUAUAUUUAUAUCUAUUUUAGGUGUGUGUAUGUAGGUAGGUAGAACAAAAAGCUAGGAAGGAAAUAUACCAAAUUAUUAAGCAAAUUAUCAUUUGGGUGUUGGGAAAUUGAUUUUUAAAUGUUUUGAGCAUAGUCUCCAGAAACUACCAAUAAAUUGUUUAAAGUAA